AUGUCUACAGUCCAAGAAUCCCUUGGACGAGUCGAUUCAGAAAUCAAGUCUGACUCCAAUUCUGAAAAGAUCGCAUCCGAACAACCUUUGAAAGCUCCAGACAGCUCUUCUAUUGAUGAAGAGUAUUCGCUCAGCAGUGAGAAGGUGUUGAACAAGAAGGAGCUCGACAGGAUCUACAGAAAAUUGGAUCGUAGAAUCAUUCCUGCCUUGUGGUGUUUGUACUUCUUAACCUCUUUCGGUUCCAGUUACUAUGGGUUGACCUUGACAAUGAACAAAUCUCAGGGACAUUCUUUGCGUCAAACCUUGAAUUUGACCGCUAAGGAUACCUCCACGGCCUCGGCCUUGUACUAUGUGGGAUACAUUUUGUUUGAUGUCCCCAUGAACUUGAUCAUGACAAAGGUUAGUCCACAAUCUUGGUUGUCCAGAAUUGUCAUUACUGUCGGUCUUGUCUACACUUGUUACCAUGUGUUGGACAACAACAAGGGUUUGAUCGCCAUUCGUUUUAUUUCUGGUGUUGUUGGUGCAGGUACUUGGCCCGGUAUGAGUUACUAUGUUUCUCUUUGGUACCCUAACGAUAGACUGACCAAAAGAAUUGGAUAUUAUUUCACUGCUGCGCAAAUAUCUGCCGCUGUUGCUGGGUUAGUUAGUGCUGGGUUCCAGAAAAUGGACGGGGUUAGAGGAUAUUCCGGUUGGCAAUGGAGUUAUUUGGUCUAUGGUGUCAUCACCAUGGCUGUUGGGAUCCUGUUGCUCUGGUGGUUGCCAGAUAGACCAUUCAAAACGGUAGAGGAAGGUAAUAGCAGCUACAUGAAAUUAUACCGCAAAUACUUCACUCCUCCACAUCCAUUGAACGAACAAGAACGUGCUCUUCAUCGUGCCGAUAUCGAAUCUAGAUACCAAUUGAUUCAAUGGACAUUCCAAGACGUGUUGGUAAUCAUCACUGACUUGCGUAUUUGGCCAUUGAUCAUCAUGUACUUUGGAGUUGUUGGUACUGGCUUUGGAUUGGCUGUGUUUGGAUCUACCAUUAUUUCCGUCAAUAACCCACAUUUGUCCUCCAUUGAUGUAUCCUUGCUUUAUGCCCCAAUCUGGGUCUUUGACUUGUGUGGGAUUCUCUUGAUUACUCCAUUGGCUGACAGAUAUAAGCAACAUCGUGCCUUUUUCUUCUCUGGUGCCUGUUUCAUCAUCAUGUGUGGUAUGUUUGUCACCACUUUUGCCAAGGGCUCUUGGAACAAAUAUGGUGGUCUUUUAAUCGCUGGGUUUGGGUUGGGUCCAACUGUUCCAAUUUGUAUGUCUUGGGCAAGUGAAAUGUUUGAACCAAGAUAUGGUGAUGUUGGUGUAGCUGUCAGUGCUGCCUUAGUUUCCGGUUUGGGUAACCUUGGUUCCGUCACUUCCACCUAUGCGUUGUACAGUGGUUGGCCCGCAGAUGUUCCAAGACUCUACAAGUAUUCCAACAUGAUGUUGGUGGUGAUCUUGGGAGCUAGUGUCAUUGCUGCAAUUGUAUGUCAUUUUAUUAAGGACAAGGUGAGACAAAAGAGAAGUUAA